CACUUCAUCCUCGAUAGAGCUGAGGACGUACAUUUCCUAUAAUAUGUACAGACUUCUCGUUCACGUCAGGUAUACAAAACAGAGCCCAUGAUGUUGACAUAUGUUUAUCAUCUGAUUUUGAAAUCAAAUUGUAAAGUUAAAGCUUUGAAAAUGAAAACUUCUGGAACUUCGUUUACUUUAAAAAAAAUGCAUGACACCAACUACUACAAUGUAAAUCAGAUCUUUUAUCACGUUCUUUAUCCUUCUUUAAAAAGUAAAUAUCGGUAUCCGAUUCUUAAAUGUUGACAAGAGAAAGUAACGGCGUGUAAACAAACAUCACAAUAAUUUUAAAAAGACACAUUGUGUUGAAACUUGGCUUAGAGCGACAUGUGUUCAUUGCAAAUGGCCUUGCGUAAUUCAGCAAUACGUUCGGCUCUCAGAUCGGUACCAGGUCGUUUGUUCAAGAGCUCGAAAAUGAAAAAGAAGAGGUAAUAUAUACCCACUUACAACAAACGACAACAUCGUGCCGAAUCAUGCCACAAACAACCAAUAAGAAAAUUUUGCUGGAAAACAAAUUAAUGCCCUGCGGGAGGGGGUCCGUAAGAAACGCUCUGUGGAAUCUCGACUACGUGACGAGAAGACGAGCAAUGAAACUUAACGAACAGCAGGAACAAAGGCUGCAACAUUUGUGCAAAGUUCUAGACCGGCAAAAAUACUACAACGGCACGAAGGCAGAUCGCGCAAUGCAGGAAGUGAUGGAGAGAGGUCAGGAACUGGAACAGGAGUGUAGAAUUAGGCGACUGCUGGUGGAGAGAAAUUUGGCGAACACGGAAACGAACAGAGCGAUCAUGGAGAGAAUAUUACGUGGUGAGAAGAUCAAGCCGCCAUUGUGUUCAGAGAGCUAUGAUGAUCAUGUCUGGAUAAGUAGAAUGCCUAGGAAGGCGGACGGUCUGAAACACAAAGGGGUGGCAUCGGAUACGCACAAUUAUAAAAAACAAGAAAUACAAAGCUCAUCUGAGAAACUACAAACAAUGACAGACCCAGUGCAGGUAUAUGAAUUCGAAGUUAUUCUGGAAACAGGAUCCAUCCAAAGGUGGCAUAUGCCAGUCCAUUCUCUCGCCUCGAGGUUGGCGGCAAAUAUUCGAUCUUCUCACUAUACGAAAGUUGCUACGAAGGAAAGAGCCCGAACUACUAGAAUCUAGAGAUCUAAGUUCAAGUGAAAUGGCAGAAGAAAGAACGGAAGAGGAAUAUACAAGGAUUAAAAAUAUUCAUUCAUAAAAUAUCA